UACCAUGUGUGGCAGUUCCACACCUACCCUUCCGUGAGAUCGUCCUCUCCACCUCAAUCACGCGCAAUUUAUUGCUCCAGUACCACCUGAAUAUGCUGAUAAGUCCCUUCAUCACGAUAAACUAGACCCCCUCACCAAUUUCGCGCGUCCGUUGCUCUGGAGACAUGGUGUGAAGCGAUUGUGUCCGGACUGGAAUCAAGAUGGAUGGCAGAAUGAUGUUGGGUGUCAACGUCGGCGUCAUCGCGCUGCUGACGAUAUUCACUGGAUUCUUGGUGCUUCCAUUCAGACUUCUUCUCGAUGCCAAUCACGAGGUUCAGCGGAAUACUUCGACGAACACGACGGCAAGGAUUGAGGAAGUGAUUGAGUUCCGGAAGCUGCGCUUGUGCUCCGCGGGGUACAAAUACUGGGUUGCGUCGACUUUCAUGAGCAAUUACGACAGGAAUUGCACGUACGAAGGCUCUCAGAGGAGUUCGAACGACGCGAGUGACAAUGGGAAAUCGAAUGGGAGUAAUUUGCCGAGCGGCUUCCGAGUCAUUCGUCCAAAAUCUGUUCCUGUGACCGAUCAUAUCCUCGCGCUCAUGCUCAUCGUCUCCGUCAUCGGGGCGUUCGUGGAGCUGCUGAGGCUGCGGUUCAUCAAUCCCGAGGACACGAGGGGUGACGGUGUGACGUCUAGGAGGCAAUCCAUUGUUGAUCUUAUGCUUCCGAGGAGGUGCAUAUCCCGGGAGCCGAUCAAGCCGCAGAUGUCGUUGGACAUGCAGAGGAUGCAUCGGUCGCCGCUGAGAAUGCUUGCCACGUCGAAGGCAGGUUGCGUUCCGCCGUUGAUACGUCGAUCAUCUUUUCCGACUUAUUUCACCCUGGAUGGCACUGUUUGUGAUUCCUCUACACCACCACACUCACCAAGACGGCCAUCAGUCACCGUGGAUGGUGAAACCGGUGUCAACACGUCUGUUCUUCAUCGCCGUGCACGACUCAUUCGUCGCUGAGGUGGUGUUUUUUUUUCUCUUCCAACCGCUGGAUAGGCACAUUGUGAUCGUCAAUCAAUGUUCUUUCGGGAAGAUUGGAGGCACUUACGGACGGGUUUCUUCGUCAACGGCUCGUGGAUGCAUUGAUGGCCACCAAUUUUUCGAUUGAAGGCUGCUCUUCCUAUCUCCGAUAUUUGGAUAUAUUUCUAGAGUUACGUCAGAAACAUAUUUUUGUCUAUUUAUUAACUACCGGAUUGACUUUUUCGACGUGUUUGGAGGGAGUCAAACUUUUUAGAAAACUAUUCUGAAAACACAUUUUUCGCUAUUUCUACGGACUUCGUCUUACAUUACAGAUCUUUGAAUGUGAUACUAUCAACUGUAUGUGAUAUUGUAUUCCGAAUUAUAUUUGAAAAAUAUAUGUUUAUCGAUGUUCA